UCCUGUCACGUGACACUCCCGACCACUGUGCCAGCCUCGUAAAAGAACUAAGAACACAUUUGUUAUGGAAAUAUAGAUAAGUGGGAGAUUUCGACGCUAUAAAACCUAGCGAGGCUGUUUUUAAAUGGCGUCAUUCCCCGCCGAUAAAGAGAGCAGCGUUGCAUGGCGACACAUCGGCGCUGCCUCGGAGCUCUCCAGGAAGAGAUGCCGACUGAUGUACUCUCCCCUCGGCCGUCAGUCGGACGUGUGCCUCUUCUUCGCGAAAGGGGAGUUCUUCGCCAUGGACGCCCGCUGUCCACACGCUGGAGGUCCUUUAUGUGAGGGUGACAUUGAGGAAGCUGACGGGAUCCUGCGUGUCUUCUGUCCAUGGCAUGACUACGACUUUGAACUCAGGACUGGGUUGUCAGGGACAUCACUAAAGCAACAAGUGCACGAGGUCAAACUGGAGGACGGUGACGUGUACGUGAAGCAUGCAAGCUGUCUCUCCCUGCAGCCAUUUCCUGUCCAUCAGAAGACCUGAGCUUCAUCAGCUUCAUCCACCUUCGUCGCGCCGCCAAGUCUCUUGAUUACCGGGACGUCAAGUCAGUAGCAAGCACAUUCAGGGUAUUUAUUAGACUUCCCCUCCACCCCCCACCCCCACAAAUCAUAGCCAUCUGAACACAUUACUGAGUCUUAUCUGUCAGUUUUUUUUCAGACUUUGUACUUUGAUUGCAAAAGAACUCAGGCAGUGACCAUAUCAGAGUUGUUUUAAGGAAAUAUCAC